AUGCCUAAAGAAAUUCAGGAUGUUAAGGAGUUCCUCUCACUCAUGAAGGGUAGUGAUGCAUAAGCAAAGGACCAAAAUAAGGAACCAAAAAAGAAUCUCUACAUUAAAGAGUCAAAGAAGAUCACCAAAUUCAAGUUGAGAGGAAAGAAAUACCUCUUCACCUUCAAAACCGCUGAUAAGAAUAAGGCCUAAAAAAUUCAAUAAACACUCCCAUAAAAUGUCAACAAAAUAGUUAUUGGUGCAGGUGGAAAGAAACAAUAAAACAAAAAGAAGUAAAAGAAAUGAACGCUGAUUUAUUACAUAUUCAAGAGUACAUUAUCUAAGAGCAUUUAUUUAA